CCCAAUUUGGUACGAAAACGAACCAGAACCAGAUGGCUUCCAUACCGGGAGACAGUGCAAACGUUCCGCCCGAGAAAAGUAUCAUAUUGAAGGGCUGGGAAAAGUUGGACGAUGACGUUAUCAUCAAGGAGGUGUCUACCAAGGGCAAACACGUCAACCUUUGCAUCCAGUAUCUGGCCGAACGGAACGAACUGUCGAUAAAGGAGGCAAAGAACUACUUUCUCCAGAAGGUGAAUGCGUACGUCUAUCGGUUAUUGUCGAACCGGCAGCUCUACAAAGCACAUCACAUCCUGAAGAACAUCGAUCGUGUCCCGCGCUACGUAUUCUAUCAAAUUGCAACCGAAACAACUGAUCACGGGCUGCGGGAUUACAUACGGGAGCAUUUGGCACGUACGGUCGAAAAUUACAGCCAAGGUGAGGAGGAACGGAUUGCAGCUAGCUGGCGCGUUUACACCCAGCUAAAGGCGAACGUGCGCCAGAUGGCGGAGGUACUGAACGAGGUGACGACCGGGUACACGGUGCUAGAGAUCGAAACAAUGUCGUUCAACACGUUCUGCAUGAAAGAGGACGUCUACCGGAACUCGGUCGCGGUGGAUUUGUUCUUUAAAAAUCAAGAAACCGAAAUCUCUCCCAUCCUCGACCGCUACACCGUGUGGAGCUAUCUGUUAAAGAACAACAUCGCCAAUCUGGUGAAGAUAUGGAUUCAGCUCAACAGUUGCCUGCGCCGUUGCUUUCACGAUGGUACCGAUCCAACGCAACAGCUUUUACGCAUCAAAAUCGACAUUUACGAUGAUCCACGAUUUAACGAACGUUUACGGCAACUUUUUCAACGAUGGGAAAUUGAUGAAUUUAUGCUAUCACAGCUGUCUCACCAUCGUACGCUGUCGCGGAACGAUAUCCUGCUCAACGAACUGGCACGGCUGGGGAAAUUUCUUGACCACGAACGUAACGAUGCAGUUGCAAUUCUUCGCCGACUGUUUACGACGGAAUCGUUCAAGCAGCAUCGAGAAUGGACCGAGGCCAAGUGGUUCCGUGAGCAGCUAACGCGUCAGAUGGUUGAUAAUCGUUUUUUUACCAUGCUUGGGCUGCCGAUAGUUUGUAAGGAACUGCUGGAACAGAUAGCUGAAGAUCCUGCAGCACAGCAUCAAGAUGAGGUGAAGCUGUUUCUUCAACUUCAAAAGCUAAGGAAUUGUGCAAUAUCCAACAAAGAACUUUUGGGCGUAUCCCGCACAACAUCGGAAUAUAUCCUAAAGCAUAAUCGUGCCUUUUACGAUGAGAACCCCAUCGUCUAUCUGUUCGAGUAUGGGUUGGAUGAGAAAAAUACGAGUUUCGAGAUGGACAAUCCAUAUUUCGCUAGGCUGCCACAUCUGCAGAACUUCAUCGCACGCUGUAACGCUGGCUUUGGUGCGAAUGAAACGAGUAGUGUUAUUAUUAACAAACUGCUUGCGAUCGCCCGCAUCCCGGACGCGGCUAAAGUGCAACAGUUUCUCUUCCACGGAACGCGUACCGAUGCGAACGGAGCAGUUGAAGAAGAGGACGAACGUGCGUCACAGCUAGAACUGCUCGAGCAGUACGGUACGAUUCCACACUUCAAUCAUCCACUGUUGGUUAGCAAGUACGGACAACCGAUCGAACUACGCUAUAUGCACUACAUCCGACUGCAUCGUGCUUGUCACGCGGUGUAUGACUUUUACCGUGAACAGCUGCAAAACUAUUCGCAGAUAUCCUCGCGCCAACUGAACAGUGCCGCUCAAACGGUCGCCCAAAUGGCAAUCGAAAGCUACUGGGAUACGGAACUCGUCACACAUGCGGUUGCGUUUAUUGAGAUGAUCGGUGUCAGUAGUGUGCCAACGCGAGCUUAUCUGCGCUGUCUAGCGCUUGUUGGUGAGACAUCCCAGCGGGAUGGAGAAGAUCGCACACCGAUCAGGCUGACGGUGGCAAAUUUGCUACGACACUGUGAGGAAGCAAUCAGUCGCAAGCCGAUCGAAGAUCCUGAGCUACUGGUCGAUCUAGAAGCAAUGACAAUCGUAGCGAAAACGAACGCCUUACCCUAUCCGGAAGCAUACCUGCGUAAUCGACUACUCGCUAGGAAUGAUUGGUUUCGCUUUCUACUGCUGGUGGACUAUCUCAAUUACCCGCAGGAGCAAAUAGUUGAGCUGUGUCGGACCGGGUUUCAAGAAUCACGUAUUGGACGCAACCUGAUGACGGCUCUGCUAAAUCAACCGAGAGCGAUCGACAGUGCAGGCCGGGAGGGACAGACGAGCUCGAGCUCGUUUACCUCGAUAAAGCGGCGUUCGAGUUUAACACCUCGGCGUAGAAGAAGGGCAAGCAGUACAACCGCAGAUUCGAGCGGACAUUCAAGUAUCUCCAGCGAAACAGAUGCCACCUCCAUCGGCCGCAGUACAUCAGGGAUCGGCCACACCAUCACAACAGCUUCCUCGCCACCUCUACAGCUACCAGCCACAGACAUUUCAACCAGCUCCUCUUGUUCCCUGUACGAUGGUGCCUGCUUCCUUUCCGAACGCUACGACACGGACCUCGUAUCCGUGCUGCUACUCUGCUCGAAUGAAUCCAACCCCUACACAGCAGCAGCAACAACCCAACAACCGUUCGAUUUCGUUGCUUUCAAGCGUCUCACGUUGCAGGCAUCUUCUAGUCACCGACAAUCACCAGUUGCACGCUAUCCAUACACCUACCAAAACUUGCUCGACCGGGCUAUACGCUCCCGAUGGCCAUUGUUGGCUCUACUCGCUGGUGAUGCCUGUCCUGAAGGUAGUGAAAGUCGCCUUUAUUGCUGGAUUGUGUGGACAAUGUUGGCUGGUGAGUUCCCGUUCCUAGACAAACUAUCCCAAGAGCAAACGGAACAGCUAUUCGAUCCGGAACGAUCGUUUGUAUGCGGUUUGUUGGAGCAUCUGGUAAAAACCGGGCGUCUCUGUACGCUUGCUAGCUCGUUGGCCGUUUUCUAUCCCGAUUCCGCUUGGUACUACCUGGCAGCGUAUCUCAGUCUCACCGAGGACGUACUGUUCGAUGCGGAUCGUGCAGCCGAAUUACUGACCGAGUUUCUCGUACGUUCGACUACCGCUGGCGAGGAACGUUUCUUGCUGUACAUACCGAAGUACGAAAUGUUUGCCUUUUGUGCCCGGUUGCUUAUGAUACAUCUGGAUCGUCGGACAUCGAUACAUCAUCAGUUUUUGCUAUUGCAGACGUACGUUCGUUGCGAUUUUCGGUGCUUCUUGGUGCCGGGAAUAGACUUCGAGCAGAUGCUACGUAUAUGUGGGAUCGUUCGUCAUUGUGGUGUAACGAUCGACUUCCUAGCGCUUCACGAUUGUUCUAGUGGUGGGAAGGAGCAGCAGUUAAGUUUAUAUGAAUCACUGUGUGAACAACUCGUCACGAAAAAGCAUCACGAGGCGGCCAUUGCCGUAGCUGAAGAGGCAGGUCUUCCACGGGAAAGUAUUAUCUUUGAGCAUUGGGUAAGUGGGUUUGAGUCGAGCGGUACCGUUGGUUCGUUUGAGCGCUACCGAGUGGAAAGUGAACGUUAUGGACUUGGACCAGAGCUACGUAUCAGCUUCUUCACGCACAUUGCGAAUCGACUGGAGUACGGUGAUCGACAGCGAUACGAUUUGCUUCGAUACGCACUGGAACUGAUACGGGAACACGGUCUCUAUCCGAGUGAGGCGUUCGAUCGAGAUCGAUUGGAGUACGAGCUAGCGCUGAGCUAUAUACGCUGCACCGAUGAACGUCAGGAGCUGCUUGAUCUGUACUGCUCUCAGUAUUGGUGCAACACACAGCAGAACCAUUCACCAUCGACGGCAGCCAUUUUGUAUCAUACCUUUCUCGAGCUGAAGGAAGUCGCCGGCAUUGAUGAUCUUACACUAUCAAACGUUCCACUAACGCAACCGGAGGAACGGUUAAGACUCGAUGCGCUUAUCAAUCGACUGCUCGACUGUGGCGACAUUGUACAGGCGCUGCGUUACCAAGCGAUCUUCGAGCAACGUCCAUUGGAUCUUCACUUUAUCGUGUUCUGUAUGGCACUUGCGGAGGGGCUGGUCAGUUUGUACAAUCUCUCUAAGGAGGAACGGAUGCUGCUGAAUGAGGAUAGUGCCCGAUCUUCGGGACGAUUCCAGCGUCGUACUUUACGCUUUAGUCGCGUUAGUCAAAGUAGCCAGAUUGGAGGAUCUCCCAUGAAAAGUGCGCAGCUAGAUUCUUCGGAUACGAGCACGACGGCAACGUCCGAUUUUGAGGAGGUACCAUCCCGUGAUCGUCAAGACAUAUUUGAAGCUAUUAGUGCCCUCGGAAAUCGCAUCACACACGGACAGGAUCUUGCUCAGCGCGUUGUUCUUACGUAUCGUGUCGCAAUGUACCUUGAUCGGGAGUACAACGAACUGCUAAAACUGCGCGAUCCACUAGCCUUCCUUCCGGAGGUGGUUCGUGAAGACUGUGUCCACAAGCUGGAGGUGAUAAGUGACAUCGUUACGGCGACACGCAUGAGCAUCGAAAGCUUUACCGACUUUCUUGCGUCGGAAAUCGUUUCCGCGGUAGUGCGAUCGAAAUUUUACCUCUUUCAACAGCAGCUUCCACAAUCGACCCAUGCGUCAGAUGAACUGCUCUGGGGUUACAAUAUCGAUCGUGAGUUUCACCUAUUUCUGGAGCUUGCUCCCAACACUACGGCUCUGGGGAACGUGCUUUUGCGGUACUGUAACGCAUUUCGGCUUUAUCGAAAGCGCCGUGAUACGACGGGAGACAAUGCGGGAGUUCAAGAUGCGCUGGAUUCAUUUGCAACAAUGCCUGCUGUACGGUUGAGCACAACUGGAACUGAUGUCGUGGAGCGAUUGGAUCAAAUACUUCAGGGACAGAUACUGUCACUCAAGAAACAGAAUACAAUUAUUGUAGCUCUGUUGGUGAAAGCUCACGAUUGCUUCGUACACGAAUGCUCCAUGGAGGGCAUCAUGGAGGUGUUGGCAUGCUGUAAGGCGCUUACCGUGAUCCUGACGGCGGCCAAAUCUUGGAAUCUGAUCGUAAAAUUACUUGUCGGAAUAGGACGCUAUCGGGAUAUGUAUUACUGCUUCGAGACACUGAUCAGUCACGAACAGUUUGAGUCACUGUUGGGUCAGUUUGAUGAUCGCGCUACAAACGGACGCCGGUUACAGUCCGCCAUUAUUACCUUCCUCAAUGAGCACUGUCCAGAGCGGCGUGAUUACUUCCGCCUGGCAGCGCUUCAUUUCCGCAUGUAUCGAGAAAUUGCCGAACUUUGGGAAACGGAAGCGCACAACACGAUCGACGCGAUUGUUAAGACGUACGAGAUGAAACAGUCUGUUCCAACAAAAUCGACUACUCCUGUUUACUGUCAUCGGCUUCAGGUGACUGCCCUUGCCCAGACCGAGCUUACAAGUGCAAUGGAUGCUUUUACACAUGCCACGGAAAAUUACCUGCUAGACAAUAAUCUCACACUCGCACAACGUGCCGCUGCGAACGCAGAGUUAGUGGCGUUACAGAUCUGUUACGUAAGGCAAGCAUUGGCCGCUUCCGAAAAGGGACAAAAUGAUUCGAGUCCUUCCACAAGCAAGCAGGUAUCGUCUACCUGCCUUUCCGUGCUUAACCUUCGUCCACCGAGUGACGAUAAUCGUCGAGGAAUGAUGCAAGAACUUUCUGGAACCAAUGCCGCCACCGGUACACUGCUCUACUACAUCAACUUCCUGCUCACGGUACCACAAACGCUGAUAGUUGGUCGAGCUUACGGGAUCGAAAUCAACUGGCCCGGUGCUAUCUAUCAGCACUACAUCAUACAGGGAGAGGCGCCAUAUCUCGUUGAUUAUCUCGAUCGGCUUCCACUAACAGACGCGAUGAUCGAAAUGCUCGUCAAACUGUUCCAACUGGAACCGAAUCUUACACCGCGCAUGGAACAAGCGAUCGGUACCUUUAUCGACCGUAUACAAUCGGUAACCCUCAAAUAUCGCUUAUCGUCCCUUCUUGGGCUGAAGAAAACUAUUCAUGGAUUAAUUAACGGUGGCGCUGUUUACUAUCUGAAGGACACCAACUAUGGCAAGAAUGAUGUGGAAGCGAGUGGUGGAGGUAGUGCAGGCAGUAGUGGAAACAGUGCAGCAUCGAGUACAGUCGGUGGAAAUAGUGCUACGGGAGCAGCCGUUGCAGGUGUUGUCAAUAUGACAGGCAGCUUGGUAGGAAGUGCAAGCAUCACAAGCAAUACCGUGUCCCUGCACACCAUGUCCAGUUCAUGACGGGGAGGAGGA